AUGAGGACAACUGCAUCAGUGCCACACUCUUACCUCUGCCUUUGUUCCUUUAACAGUAGGACAGGAAAUCGGAGAAUGAUUUUAAAACGCCCAUUGGUAGUGAUGGUGGCCGUGAUGGCGAUGGUGUACGUUGCUGCAGCUGGAGGAGGAUAUGGUAGUGGUGGAGGAGGCGGUGGAGGCGGAGGAAGAGGUGGUGGAGGAGGAAGAGGAGGUGGAGGAGGAAGAGGAGGUGGAGGAGGAAGAGGAAGUGGAGGAGGAAGAGGAGGUGGAGGAGGCUUUGGUGGAGGUGCUGGUGGAGUAAGUGGUGGAUUUGGCGGAGCAGGAGGAGCUGGCGGAUUCGGUGGGGGCAAUGCACUUGGCGGCGGCGGCGGUGGAGGAGGAGGUUACGGCGGAGGUCGCGGCGGCGGCGGUGGAGGCGGAAGCGGAGGAAGAGGUGGUGGAGGAGGAAGAGGAGGUGGAGGAGGCUUUGGUGGAGGACAGGGUGGAGGGUCAGCAGGAGGCGGAUUUGGAAGAGGUGUUGGUGGAGGAAGUGGUGGAUUUGGCGGUGGAUUCGGAGGUGGGAACGGUGGAUUUGGAGGUAGCGGCAGUGGAGGCGGUGGAUUUGGAGGUGGAAGCGGUGGAUUUGGAGGUGGAAGCGGAGGAUUUGGAGGUAGCGGCAGUGGAGGCGGUGGAUUUGGAGGUGGAAGCGGUGGAUUUGGAGGUAACGGCAGUGGAGGCGGUGGAUUCGGAGGUAGCGGCCUUGGCAGCGGCGGCGGAGGGGGCAGUGGCCGUGGAAGCGGUGGCUAUGGAAAAUGA